UAACCUCACUGCACACAGCCAGCUGAGGGGUCCAGUCAGCGGCCUUGGUCUGAGCUGUUACGGGAAGUGACAGGCACCCACUCUGCUCUCUGGGUUGUGUUUUCUUCACGUUUGGAUAGACACCAUGAUGAAAGGGGAAGAUUCAGAGGAGGUAGAGAUCGAUUUGGGGGACUCCAGUGACCAUGACGAAUUUGAUAAUGGGGAGGAACCUCAGACGCUGUGGAGGGCCCCUCCUGCUCUGGAAGACGAGGAAAACAUUCAUACGUCUACGUUAGUGGAAAUCAGUGAUACAAAACCUCUACUAAAUGUCAGAGACCCCCGAGGUAUCAAUGACUGCCUCAAGGUGACGUUUGAGGAUGUGAUCGCUGAGCCGGUGUCUGUGCGCAGUGGGGACAGAGUGUGGAUCUGGAGCAAUGCUCUGUUUGAAGUGUCUAGGGUUUGGGUUUACCGCAUAGUCACAGUGCUUCUGGCCAUUCCCACGUCAAUCAUCUCUGGUCUCCUCUUUGCACUCCUUAGCUGCUUCCACAUCUGGGUGAUUGGUCCCUGGAUCAAGUGUAUGUUUAUUGGCACACACUGGCUACAGAGCCUUUGGAACAUCGUGCUGGACAUCAUUGUACGUCCCCUCCUCACGAGUGCCGGGAGAUGCUGUGGAGGCUUCAGCAUUCACCUGGCCAAAGAAUGAGACUCACACACAAGAAGCAAAUCCACACUGGGAUUGUUUGUUAUGUGCACAAGUUUUCGUGGACUGAGCCCAAGUGGGCAUCGAUAUUUGGUUAUUUAAUAUUUCUUCCUAAAUAAAAUGUUCAUAAUAACAUGUUUACCACAGAUAAAACAUUGUCCAAUAGUAUCUGCCAGUCCUUUUUAAUGAUUAUACAAGACUUGUGACUUUUUCAAACAGGGAUUUGGUGUGCCUUGGACUUGACUCAGUGACAAAAAGAAGAUGAUGUAAUUCUUAACUUCAUCUUCACAGUGCGAAAUCGCUUUUGCGAGACCAAAAAGAGAUUAGAGUUCUUAACAAAUAAGUUGAUAACUUCCAUUAUGCUGCCUGAUUUGAAGAAAAUGAGAAUGAUAAAAGUGACCCUUUUUUGUUGAGCAGGCGACACAUUUUCUAAGGAAAAUUACGGAUGUUUUCUAGAAUUUGAAGUAAUUCUAACAGAGUUUGUUAUGCAAAUUGAAUGUUGUAUAACCUUUAUGUCAUGAUGUUUAGGUUCAGUUUUUAUAUUUUCUUUAGUUUAAGCAUGUGGGAUGAAUGUUUACUGAGAACUAACUUCAAUCCUAGAAGUUGCAAGUUUCAAAUGUAAGAAUAUUUAGUUCUGAAGAAGUUACAUUGAUUGAUAAUGCUGGGAGGAAAUGGCAACAAAAGACAUGGAUUACAGUUUUUUUCUGUCUAGAAGAUUAGCUCUAAAUACAAAACAUAAUUGUUCUGUUAAAUUAAGUGAUGAGCCAGUGGGAAGAAAAGGUUUCAUUCUGUGAGCAUCUUGCAGACAUGUACAUACUGUAUAUGAAUUAGAAGACAAGAUCUACUUCCAAAGAACUAUGAAGCAAUUACAGCCUCUGUAACUCAUUCCUUCUCCACUUUAGACUCAUUAAUGUGAUCAGAACAGAUAUUUUAAUCAUUCUCUGUUAUAUGUCAUAUUGCUUGGAUAAUAUGAAGGGCCAGGCAUUGUUAGAAAAAUAAAAAUCCAAUAUGCUGCUUAUACUGA